GAUGACGUACAUAUAGACUUUUCAAGAAUGUUGAAAAACAAUUGCGUCAGAGACUUGCGUACUUCUUUGCAAAAACGUGAAGGAACCAACGACCCUGCUCUCGGAUAAUAUAUUGUGACCAUGUUGUUGGCGAGGCUGACAUGCUUGAGGAGUGUCCCGCUCGCCGGGAUUCGCUCUGUACUGGCACAGGGCUCCCCAGCCCUGAGAGCGCCCACCUUGAAGGCCUGUCCUCCCCUGCUCAGGCCCCAACAGGGUUAUUCCUAUAAAGCCAGAUUUGGUUUCCGCCGUGCACGGACGACCAGAGACCAGCUCAAAGAAGCAGCUUUUGAGCCAGCGACAGAUACCGCCAUUCGAAUUGACAGCAUGGGAAGAAUAAUUCUUGCUGGAGGUGCAGCAGUUGGCCUUGGAGCUCUGUGCUACUAUGGGCUCGGCAUGUCCAGUGAAAUCGGUGCCAUUGAGAAAGCAGUCAUCUGGCCUCAGUACGUAAAGGACAGGAUCCACUCCACCUACAUGUACUUUGCAGGCAGUGUUGGACUGACAGCUCUGUCAGCUGUAGCUGUGAGCCGGACCCCUGCACUUUUGGGUCUGAUGAUGAGAGGAUCCUGGCUGGCAAUUGGAGCAACCUUUGCAGCCGUGAUUGGUGCUGGCAUGCUGGUCCGGUCCAUCUCAUAUGAGCACAGCCCAGUGCCCAAACACCUCGCUUGGUUGCUCCAUGCAGGUGUGAUGGGUGCUGUUGUCGCUCCCCUGACUCUCCUGGGAGGCCCUCUGAUGCUGAGGGCUGCCUGGUACACAGCAGGCAUUGUGGGAGGUCUGUCAACGGUGGCCAUGUGUGCCCCAAGUGAAAAAUUCCUCAAUAUGGGCGGGCCAUUGGCUGUUGGCUUUGGAGUAGUCUUUGCUUCCUCUAUUGGAACAAUGUUCCUGCCGCCAACCUCGGCAUUUGGUGCAGGCCUGUACUCGGUGGCCAUCUAUGGAGGCCUGGUCCUGUUCAGCCUUUUCCUCCUUUAUGACACACAGAAGGUCAUCAAGAGAGCAGAGACACACCCACUCUAUGGUGUACAGAAAUAUGACCCCAUCAACGCGUGUAUGGGGAUUUACAUGGACACACUGAAUAUCUUCAUAAGGCUGGUGAUGAUUCUGGCUAAUGGGGGCAGCGGCAGAAAGAAAUAAAUAGCAGCAUUCUUACUUUAGCUUCAGUUUUACCUUCCACAGAGCUGAACAAAACUGUUUCAUUGCUAGCAGCACAUGCCAGGUGUUUUUUUUUUUGUGACAAAUCUAAUCACACAAAUGUUUUGCAAGUGUGUACAGAUGACUUGCUCGUCCAAGUAAAAAAACACAAACUGUUCAUUGAUAACACACAGACAGAACUCUUAGUUUAAUUGUUGAAGUUUCUGAUUUAUCCUGAGGGUUACAGAGGGGUGAAAUCUGUUUGUCAGCAUCAGAUGUUGUUCUUUAUGUUUUCUAUUUAUUUUCUCUUGGAUGUGUUCCUGAUAAGAAUGAAAGUUCAAGUAUAUCUGGUAUUUACAACAGAAAUGCCACAUGCCAGCUAGACUCGCAGUACAAUAAAUUACUUAUUUGUGUGUGGGUUUUCCAGUAUACAGUGAUACUGUACUGCUGUGAUGGAUUAAAGAGAUCGACAUUGGUUUAUAUAUUUCUGCAAAAAUGAUUGCUCAAUCCCUGCGAUGGAUUGGCGACCUGUCUAGGGUGUACCCCGCCUUCGCCCGAUUGCUGGCCGGGAUUGGCAAAGCCCCCGCCCCCCGUGACCCCGUUCAGGGACUAAGCGGUGGAAAAUGAAUGAAUGAAUGAUUGCUCAAUAAACAAGUGCAAAGUGGUGUUUUUAUGUGUC